ACAUAGCUUAUUCAUGUGAUAAAAAAAACCACAGAGUUGCGUGGAAGAGCGUGUUGUGUGUUUAAACACUUUGAAUCUGAGACUAUGUUUUAAAUUAAUUGUUACCUACACUUCUAUUUAUAAAACCUGUGUGCGUUCAAGACUGAUCAUGAAUUGAUUAAAGAAUUCUUUUUUCAAUUCAUUUUUAUAAAAUUUUGUUUGUUUUGAAUAUUAAGUUUUAACUUUUACUUUUUGUUUGUUUGUUAUUUAUUCUGGUAAAAAAAAUGUCGAUACCUGGAAAACAUACUGAAAAUGGUGUAUACGAAUUUGAUUAUUUGAGAAAGGCUGAUACAUCAACAAAUUGGGAGAAAUUUCGUAAAGGAUUGUGGAAUCCAGAAACUAAUGAAAUAUUAGGUCGGACUUUUAAAAGUUGGGGUCAAUUAUUUCUUUUUUACGCAAUAUUUUAUACUGUUCUUGCUGCGCUGUUUGCAAUAUGUAUGUAUGGAUGGAUGUCUACACUCGAUGAACAUGAACCAAAAUGGAAAUUAGAAGAAAGUCGGAUAGGCAAAAAUCCUGGUUUAGGUUUUCGUCCAAUACCAUUGAAUUUUGAACAAGAAUCAUUAAUUUGGUAUGAAGCACAAAAUCAAACUAGCAUAAAAGAAUGGACAGAAAUUUUGGAUAACUUUUUAGAAUUGUAUACAAAUAAUUCCAAACUACCUGGCGGUGGUAAAAAUCAACAAAUUUGUGAUUUUGAUAAACCACCUGCGCCCGGUAAGGUUUGUGCCGUAGAUGUUGGGAACUUUGGUCCAUGUUCACCACAAAAUGGAUAUAGUUAUAACAAAUCAUCGCCUUGUAUAUUUGUAAAAUUGAAUAAGAUAUAUGGUUGGCAACCAGAAUUUUACAAUGAUCCCGAUGAUUUGCCAGCAGCAAUGCCAGAGGAAUUGAAAGCCCAUAUCAGAAGUUUACCACCACUGCAGAGAAAUCAGAUAUGGGUAACUUGCGAGGGACAAGAUCCAGGUGAUCGUGAGAAUCUUGGUUCUAUUGAGUACAUAAAUCGAGGUUUUCCAUCUUAUUUUUAUCCAUUUACAAAUACUCAAGGAUAUUUAAAUCCGUUGGUGGUUGUGAGAUUAUUAAGACCUAAUUUACAUAUGAUAAUCAGCAUAGAAUGUCGUGCGUGGGCUAAAAAUAUUGUAUACCAUGGUGGUGACACAUUUCGAGAAGGUUCGACACAUUUCGAAAUAAUGAUUGACUAACGAUUGUGGAUAAUUAGUGUAUUUAAUUAAUUUUAUAGUAGGUAUCUUAUUUCAAUUCUAAUUAUAUACACAACUUACCUAUAUAAUAUAAUUAAGUGUUAUUGUAUUCUUUAAUAAACCAACGAUGUAUUCAAAAAAGUAUAUCAAUAUGCAAUAAUGUCUAAUCUUAAACAAAACUGUUUAGUGCCAUAAAAAUAUAAUUAAAUAUUUCUUGUAUUUA